AUGACGAAAACUGAACUAGGCUUUCGUUAUCUAAUUUCAAGUCUUGCAUUGUGUCUCUUGACUUCUAGUAACCCUGAACUGCACUACUCAAAAAUGGAUAAGGACCCAGGUUCCUACAAUAGCAGCAUUAAGCUUGUUCCAAACCCCCAACUCAUGAAAACCCCUCUUAUCACCCUCCCCUUGAAAAAGACAAAGGAUGACACUGAUUGGAAAAGUGCUUUGGACAGCCACAUAAAACUGGCUUAUGGAGCCAACCACGAGUUUUCCAAUGAAAUUGACACCUUUUCCGCAAUCAGAUCUGACAUACAUAACCUCAAACCAGAUGUACUAGGCCGGGACAUCCUGUACAAGUAUUAUGGACAACUAGAGCUAUUGGGACUUCGAAUUCCAAUAAAGCACCUCAAUGUUUCUUUCACAUGGUAUGAUGCUUUUAAAACUUCUAGUAAAGUUAAACAGCAUUCAACUGCGUUUGAAAAAGCCUCUGUUCUCUUUAACUUGGCAGCCACAUUUUCAGAGCUUGGAAAAUCCAGUCUUUCAGAAGGCAACUUCAAGGCAAGUUAUACCAAUUUUCAAUAUAGCGCCGGUAUAUUGCAAUUUAUUGCAGAGAAUUUCUUGCAUGCUCCUUCAGGUGAUCUAGAUCCCGAAGUUGUAACAACAUUCCAAAAAGUUAUGAUAGCCCAAGCGCAAGAAAUCUUUCUACUCAAAAUGUUCGAUGACGACUCUGCUAAUGUAAAACAUUCAUUGGCUGCUAAAUUAGCCAAAGCUGCUUCAAAUAUGUACGAGUCUAUCACUGAACCUUUGAAGGGAUUCCUUUCUAAAGGUGUCCCAAUUACUUUCUCUCAGUUGACUGCAUACAAAGCUAUUUACUACGAUGCGCUAGCUCAUUAUCACAAUGCCCUGCAUAAUAAAGCCACUUCAAAGUAUGGUGCUGCCAUUGCUGAUUUGAAAGAGGCUGAGUCCCAGCUGAAGGAAUGUGAAAACACUUUCUUGCCGUCUGACUUCAAGCAAAUCGGUGAUUUCCAGUCCGAACUAUCCGAACUAAUUAAGAUUGAGUUACCUUCAAUUGAAAAAGACAACGAGUUUGUUUUCAACGAUCAUGUUCCUUCCACAGCCCCAAUAAUUAAACCUCUGGAAGGUGCCAGACCAAUAUCCUUAGCCGAUCAAGAUUUUUCGGCUACGGUAGGAAAAGAUCUUUUUGAAAAGAUCAUUCCUAUGUCGGUUCACGAACAAAGUUCUUUGUAUUCGGAGAUGCAGGCCCAACUUUUGAGAGAGGAAGGGUCAAACGUGGAGCUGUUAGAUGAAGAACUCUCGUCACUCAUGUCAUACUUGAACCUUCCGAAAUCUAUACUAGAAUUAAAGGAGUUGUUAGAAAUAAAACCGGAUGAGCUUCGUCUAGACUUUAGCGACUCAACUCAAGAGUUGGAUCCCAGAAUUCUGAGUGCUGCACUGGAGAUUCAAGACUCGUCCUACGUCACUGAAGCCCAAGCUGUUAGAAGAAUAAAAGAAGAGUUAUUAAGCAAACUCAACAAUACGCAGAAUCUACUUUUGAAUGAAGAACGCAACUAUAGCGAGAACAAAUUGAGAUAUGGCGCUAAGUGGACACAGCAGCCAUCUACCAUGUUGAAUUCCUCCUACAAACAGAACUUGACCAGGACUAGAAAAUCAUUGGAAGAUGCGUCAUUGUCAGAUAAGAAACUUGAAUCAAUGAUUAGCCCUUACCAAUAUGUACUUAAUAUCCUAUCAGGUGGGCCUCACUCUUCAGAGCUUAGAAAUGCUUUCAACCCUUCAUUACCAGACAGUGAAGUCUCCCUUCUUGAUAUUGAUGACAGAUCUUUCAAUACUAAAGCAAAGAUUGGCCAACUGGACUCAAAAGUGCAAGAGCUACACAAUUUAAGAAAGGAGAGAGCAAAUACUUACAAUGACCUCAAGACUGCUGUUCGAAAAGAUGAUAUUUCCAGCAUUAUUCUCAUCAACAAGGAUAAUCCAAACAUGGAAGAGAAUGUAUUCAGGAAAGAGCUGUUAAAGUUUCAACCAUACAGAAACAGAAUCGAAGCUACCGGGGAGCGACAGAAUCUUUUGAUGCAAGAAAUCAAAGUGUUGAUGAGUGAGGUCUUGAAUGACCCCACUAUCAAAAAGAACCGUCUCUCCAAACAUUCCCAGAAGGAAACUCAAUCUAAACAGCUAAACAAUUACUUGGAUGCAUACAAACAAUGGAAAACAUAUGUUACUGGGUUGAAACAAGCUAACAGCUUUUACAAACAGCUAUUUAACCUUGUUAACGAACAGCACAAUUCAGUGGUGAACUAUACGAACCAAAGACAAAUGGAAGCUAAUGCUCUAGGCCAAGAUUCCCUAAGUUAUGGACUCGGAAGCUUGAAUUUGGAAGGCACUUCUCAACCACCACCAAGGCCACCAAAGGACAGCGAUCAGGAUCCAUACAAAAAUCCGUCGGUAUUUGACCCUUUGUUAUAUGCAAGUUUUAGUGAUAAUAACCAGUCUAGGAGGUAG